CGUAAAAAAUGACCCGACCGGACGGGACCGUCAUAGAAGGUGUUAAACUGAGUUUUAUCUGAUCACACCGCCGCACCGAACCUCCGAUCGCUGCGAACACCUCUUGAGUCGACAGUAUUAAGUUUAUGCUAAUGGGCGAUAAACCGGAUCUUGAUUUGAUAAGCAAUCUGCCUCAGAGCAUUAUAGAGAGCAUUCUCACGUGUUUGCCGAUAGGAGAUGCUAUAAGAACGAGCUGCUUGUCAAGGAAAUGGAGAUACAAAUGGACUACACUCACUCAUCUUGUGUUCGACGAAAAAUGUGUUGCUCUAUCUGGCGAUCAAGUAGUUGUGGAGAAAAGCCUUGUCAAUUUUAUAACUCGAGCGCUCUUUCUUCACCAAGGCCCUAUUCACAAGUUCCAGGUCUCUACUUCGUACUUGCAGAGCUGCCCGGAUAUAGAUCAAUGGAUACUUUUCCUUUCAAGGAAUGGCAUCAAAGAAUUGCUUCUUGAAUUGGGAGAAGAUGGCGAGUGGUUUAGGGUGCCUUGGUGUCUUUUUUAUUGUGAAAAGCUGACCCGUCUGGACCUAUUUCGCUGCGAGUUGGAUCCACCUCCUAGCUUUAAAGGAUUCUUGAACUUGAAGAGCCUCAAUCUUCAUCAAGUUUUGGUUGCUCCUGAGGCAAUUGAAAGUCUUAUUUCUAGUUGCCCGCUACUUGAGAGUCUAUCUCUGUCAUACUUUGAUAGCCUAGCUUUAACUAUCCGUGCUCCGAAUCUCAAGUACUUGUGUCUCGAAGGUGAAUUUAAGGACAUAACUCUAGAAAAUACUCCUCUUUUGGUUGAUUUAUCUGUUGCUUUGUACAUGACUGAUGAAAAUGCUGAGUACCCCGAGCAUAGUUCAAAUUGCAAGUUUAUCAAGUUUCUUGGCAGCUUACCACGCCUUGAGAAGCUUAUUGGGCAUAUCUACUUUACUAAGUAUUUGAGUAUAGGUAAAGACCCGGGCGUCCUUCCAAUUACAUAUAACCAUCUGAAGAUCAUUGAAUUAUAUCAAGUGAGUUUUGAAGAUAUGAAAGAGAUACUAGUUGUUCUUCGCUUGAUUACAAACUCUCCUAAUUUGAAGGAACUUCAACUCUCGGGAUCGUCUCUAACGUCAACAGAAUCACCCGAUUUGGAUUUCUGGGAGAAAGAAGGCCCUUCAGAUUGCACAUUCCACAAAUUGAAAGUCGUGAAGAUGACUGAUAUAUCUGGACUGCCGCAUGAGAUGGAAUUUAUCAAAUUUUUGUUGAGAAAAUCACCAGUGCUUGAAGUAAUGAGUAUAAUGCCUUGUGUUUUUGUUACUAUGGAGGCGCGUUUAAUAAUAGUCACCGAGUUGCUGAGUUUUACAAGAGCCUCUCCUAAAGCUGGAAUUGUUUUCAUCCAAGAUUAAGACUGGUUGAUAAUGUUUGUCAGAGCUAGGCUUCUGUUGUGUCUGUUCAAUAUAACAUCUUGUGAGAAAUGACAAUGUUUGAUAUGGUUUACACAAUCACAGGUUCAAUGAUAGUUAAAGAUUAGGCCCUUGGCAAACAGUUUCGUACUGUUCUACUGGUUGACAUGUAUACCCAAGAACAGAAGAAUAUAUGAAAGUUCCUU